AACAAGGUGAAAAUUCUGGUCUGGCACCUCGGUUAUGACUUAUGAGUUAUGACCCUGGAAUUAAAAUUAAAGAAUUAAAGACUCAAAGCUUCUGCAACUUUUUCAAGUGUUUCAUCAGCUCCUUUAACUCUCUUUUGCCUACACAUCCUUUGAGAAAAUGAUCCGUUUCAUAUUGCUUCAAAACAGGCAAGGUAAGACUCGUUUGGCUAAGUAUUACAUACCUCUCGAGGAAUCCGAGAAACACAAAGUUGAAUACGAGGUUCAUCGGUUGGUGGUGAAUAGAGAUCCCAAAUUCACCAACUUUGUUGAGUUCCGAACCCACAAGGUAAUAUACAGAAGAUACGCAGGAUUAUUUUUCUCUCUUUGUGUUGAUAUCACGGAUAACGAGUUGGCUUAUUUGGAGUCCAUCCACUUGUUUGUGGAGAUUUUGGAUCACUUUUUCAGCAAUGUCUGUGAGCUGGAUUUGGUUUUCAAUUUCCACAAGGUAUAUCUGAUAUUAGAUGAGUUUAUCCUUGCUGGGGAGCUCCAGGAAACAAGCAAGAGGGCAAUUAUUGAGAGAAUGGGAGAAUUGGAAAAGCAGGAGUGAAGAUUUUCGUGCUUGCUCGAGAUAGACACCUUCCUUUGCCUUCAUAGUUUGCACUUCUCUUCUGGCUGGCUGUAUUUACUGCAUUGGAAAUUCUGUAUCCUGUUGAUACCUUAUGUUGCUGUGCCUCAUUUAUUUAUAUACAUGAUUUGUUCGUUCAUACAUUUAAAGGUAGUUUGCUUUUGCAAAAGAACUUCUCAAGCGAUUUCAUUGUUCUCCAUGUACCAAUUUUUUACUAAGAAACAUUAUAUUGGUUAA